GGCGCCGAACAAGUGGCUCAAACGCUCGGGCGGGACUCAGUAACUAGUGCACGUGGUUUGGCAUCACCAUGGCAGACGGAGUAAUCAUCAGCAGCGACGAUGAAUCCGACUGUGAAGCGCUCAACUCCUCUAUUUUCCUCGUGGAGAUGAAAGAAGUAAAGAACAACGAGGAUAAAUCCUCCCCCAGCGUGUUGGAUGAAGAUUUGAUGGUCACCUUCUCCCAGCGCCCCGAGGUGCUUCCUCACGCACGCUACGACUGCCCCAUACAUCCCUUCAUGGCUACAGAUUGUGAGACCAGUGGUCCUGUUGGAAAUAACCAGCUGACCUGUGAUCAGUGCUUCUGUUACAUCUGUGACAAAUUGGCAUCGCAGUGUUUGGUGUGGUGUGAAAAAGGUGUGUGCCACUGCAACAGCCACAAGAGGAAUGAAUUCUGGAGCAACCAAAGAAACACUGUGGUUCUAGGAUAUCUGGAGACUUUUAACCUUUCACUUUCAGAAAUAGACACUCGCCUCCGAAAUGCAGAAACAAUGCUUCAAAAUUUGAAAACAGAGCUUGAAGUAGAGGUCUCUUCUUGCUUGAGGGGAGAAAAAGUGCAGGAAUAUGGGCUCAACCAGUCAAGUCAGCAGGGCCUGAUCCGUGAUUAUACAAGGAUAUAUGAGUGUGUAUCAUCGUUCCUGAGGAAAGCAGAUGAACAGGAAGAGAGAGCUGCUGCCAUCAUGAGACUUGGAGCUGCCCGAGAGUUAACUGGACAAUUCCAACCCUCGGGGGCUGUGAUAUCCAAAGCUCCUGAAACAUGUGCUACCAAAAUUGUACUGCUACAAAGAAUCAUCACAUCAGUCCAGAGACAGAUGGUGAUGGCUGAUUUUACCAGUGAGUUUAUUAACAAACUGCAGAGUUUUUACCAAAGGCUCAAACUGCCUUCCCAGCUGAGGGGCAUGAGGAGCAGUCUGUCUGUGCGUCCAUGGAAUGACGUGCUGCUGGUGUCUGUACUGAAGGGACAGAAUGUGACUGGGGUACGCAAGCACAAAGGCAAGAAGGACAUCCUUUUUGAAGAGAUUUCAGUUGUCUUACUCAGGAUAGAACUACUACAGCACCAACACAGGUACAGAGAGUUAUAUCGCUACCUCCGUGUGGUCCAGACUGAUCAUUCUAAAUUUUUCCAGGAAGUACAAGACCUCUUGCCGUUCUUCCUGUGCAAGGCAGGGGACUUGACCUUGGCUAUGUCCAGUUUCUUUAUAUCGUGUACUGGCCCCGCUUCGCGGUUGUCUCCAUACCGCUUCCUCCUCUAUCUUCGAAUCUUUGACACGGCAACCGCACCUGUGCUAACCAGCAGUCUACAACUUGACUGUCCUGAUAAUAAGUGGGAGCCGAUUGAAGGUCAGAUACAGAUAUGA